UUCUUCGACUGAUUCCAUUUUCUCACUAGUAUUAAUUUUGAAUUGAAGGUGUAAGGUUGCUAAAUUCCUAGUAUAAAGUUUCUAAGUUCAUCCAAUAAAAUCCCCUAAAAAAAAUGAAUCCAAGAAACAAAGGCCCAGGUCCUACGGCGUACACACUACCAACGGAAGUCGGUUACAAUCAGCAUGAUCCACGAAAGGAGCGAAAACCUAUGUACACGAUGCGACCAACGUUUAAAAAAUGCUACGACACAAUCGGGCCCGGUCCUGCUACCUACGAUCUCAAGAAGCAAACCCGCGUCGGUGGUCCUCGGGAACCAAAAUAUUCUCUCGCCAGUAGGCUCAACCCACUGAAGGCUGAUCUUGGCCCCGGACCAGGCGCACACAAUAAUCAUCUAGUGCCGACUAUGAAAUGUAAACGGCCACCUAUGCAGAGUUUUGGAUAUCGUAUAGAUGUGCCUAACAGGGAGAUUAUACCGGCCCCGAAUCGAUACAACGGAUUAGUUCACAUGACCCGUCCCAAGGCACCGCUCUAUUCGAUGGGUAUAAAAACGAAGGAUAUCCAUGGAUUGGAAGGACCAGGUCCGGCCAGAUACGGCCCUACAUCACGUGAUGUCACCCAUAGGCGUGCACCCAGCUAUGGCAUGCGGCAAGGGCACACGGAUUUCAUGAAUCGAUUGCCUCAUCCGGCACCCAACCAUUACCCUCUGAUGAAUCUACGUGUCGGUUCAACGGCUCCUAGUUAUACCUUUGGUGUAAGACAUCUCGAUUGGCAGGAUCCAAUGAUUAUUCCUGGUGACAAUUGUUAGUGCCAACCGUCAUCAGUGGAUCAUGUGAUGUGUCUUCAUGUUAGCUAAAUAAAAUUGUAAUGUUUACAGGACACGCCAGUA